AAUUAUCAAUAUAGGUGUAUAAAAGGAGUAUAAUUCGCGGUAGGAUUAUAUACAUACGGCACAUUUACUUCGAGCAGUCUGUAGUAAUCGACAAUUGACUUAGCGACUUACAGGUAGUUAUUAGUGCAGCGCUUAAAAGCACGGUAGUGAUUUUUAAACAAACUACUUAAUCCACUCUUAUAUCAAAGGGACGAAACAGUGAUAGAAGAAGGUACAAAAUGUAACUGACAAAUGACUCGCCUCGAUAAGUUAUUGAUGAAAUAAAUACAUAGUAAUCAUUGUGUCAAAAAAGACUUCUAAGCCACUUACGAAUAGACAGUUGAAAAAGCCUCACUACAAAAUAACAAACAUGGUUGCUUUUUCUGAAAAUAACAAUGUAAUUGGAACCUACGUGCCUGAAAUAUAUGUUGCUACCCCCGAUAAUAAAAUUAAAGUUGCCACUGUGCUAGACAUAUCCAAAAAAAUUGAGACCAACCAGAAAAAAGGGCCAGGAAAUAUUGACGAAUCUCGUUCUAUAGCGGAUUCAAUAGAAUCCGUAGAAACUACAGACAGCAUGGAUAAAUACAAUGUUAAUGCAAAUGCCAAAAACAAAAGGGAGCGUUGGUUCCACACCACGCUACAAGUAUCAGUUCCAUUUUUUAUUGCUGGGAUGGGUACCAUAGGUGCUGGAUUAGUAUUAGGAAUUAUUGAGGAAUAUGAGGUAUUUAUGAAUAUAAGGGCCCUAUACGUAUUAGUACCUGCAUUAUUAGGUCUUAAGGGAAACUUGGACAUGUGCUUAGCCUCCAGACUGUCCACUCAAGCAAAUUUAGGCAAUAUGAAUCACAGACGAGAAGUCUUUAAGAUGGUAUUGGGUAAUAUCAGUAUUGUACAGGUGCAAGCGAUUGUAGCUGCCUGUGUUGUGUCCCUCUAUGCAGUUGCAAUGUCUGCAAUAUUAAGCGAACAUAUAGUUUUUAAGAGUGCUAUUCUUGUGAUAACAUGUAGUAUAUUAACAGCUACAUCGACUUGUUUCGUUUUAGAUUUUGUUUUGAUAGCAGUUAUUUUUUGUACUCACAAAAUCAAAAUGAACCCUGACAAUUUAGCAACACCAUUAGCUGCUAGCAUUGGCGAUGUUGUCUCUCUUAGUAUUUUAUCAAUUUGCGCUACUAGUCUUUAUGUUAUUUUAGACACCUACACGUGGGUAUUUUACAUAAUCAUAGCUUCUUAUUUAUUUAUACUAUUGCCAAUGUGGAUAAUAAUUGUAUUAAAAAACAAGUACACCAAGUCCGUGUUGAAAAAUGGUUGGAUACCUGUCCUAUCAGCAUUGUUUAUUAGCGGGCUAGGAGGUUUAGUCCUUGAUAAUGCUGUGGGAACGUAUGAAGGAUACUCCAUCUUUCAACCUGUGAUAAAUGGUGUAGGAGGAAAUUUAGUAUCUGUACAAGCAAGUCGGAUUUCAACAAUGUUACAUCAAAGUUCACUACCUGGAAUUUUACCACCACAUACAAAACUAUGGGUCGCUCCUUGGUCAGCUCUUUUCAAAGGAGUAAUUUCUGCUAAAACUGCAAGAAUACUUAUAGCUAUGGCAGUACCUGGUCAACUAAUGUUCCUUUUUAUUGCGGAUGCAAUUUAUAACGGAGGUGUUUCUACUGUUACACCACUAUUUGCGGUUACCUACUUAAUAGUUUGCCUGUUACAAGUCAUGAUUUUGCUAUACACAGCUCAUCUUCUUAUACAUAAAAUGUGGAAAAUGAAAAUUGACCCAGACAACUCAGCUAUCCCAUACUUAACAGCGUUAGGUGAUUUAUUUGGAUCAACAUUGCUACUCAUGGCAUUUGUAUUUUUAACGUCUAUAGGGCAAGAGUAUCAACCUAUUAAGUGACUACUAUGACCUUAAAUACAAUACAAUGUAAUGUAACGGUUUGCAAGGUUUUCCCCUAAUAAAUUCUAAAUAAGUACAAAAUAUCGUUGAUAAUGGAAAUUAUGUUAAUUAUAAAACAUCUGCUUUUCUUUCCGAAUCGAUAUUGUAAUAAACUUUUAAACGCUCUUACAAAGUGUUAGAAUUAUUUUUGAUAAAAAUUCUAUCGCAGACAUAUGUACUAUUAUUGUGCUACAGAUAUGUUA